AUGUUUGCGAAAUCGAUUUCGGGAAGUACUAGUGGUAGUCGGAGCGGACGGAGAGACGGCGCGGACGGCAAGGACAUCGAAGCGGCGAUCCCCGUGCGCACCGCGGACUUCGACGCGAAGAGCGAGAACCACUACAUAAUCGUGAUCCACGGGACGUUCGACGCGCCGCCGCCGGACGGCGCGCCGACGUGGUACCAACCGCCGGCUCCCGGCGAGCAGAACUUCUGCCGGAAGCUGAGCCGGCUGCUCGCGCUGGGAUCCAUUGGCGAGGACGCCAUCUGGCGCGACCUGCCGUGCUCCGCGCUCCCGGGCAUCCCGUACCCGUUCCACUGGGACGGCACCAACAUGCACGCCGACCGCGUAACGGCCGCGAUGAAGCUGCACAAUUUGAUCGACCAAAUUGCUCAGAACGACCCGGCAGCUCGGAUCCACCUGGUGGCGCAUUCUCACGGCGGCAAUGUGAUGCUCAAGACGAUCGAACUGUACAUGGCAAAGUUGGGGCGGCGGCCGAAGGGCGAGUGGCAUCCGGCGGUGGCGAGGCAGUUUUGGGCGGCGCACAGGCGGAGUUACGAGCUGAUCAAGAAGUGGCGGCGAAUAGACAUGCGCGGAUCGUGGUGGCGCUUCUUCCCCUUCCUCAUCGUCUUCCGAGGGUUCAACGGGCAGAGGGCGAGCGGGGUGAAGGAGAGCUACCCGUGGGCGUACCAGCAGUGGCUGGACUCGCUGCUGCGCCUCCCGGCAGUGCGGCAGAGCCGCUUCCUGGCGUUCCGCCACGCCACCUCGCCCAUCACCAACGCCCUCGGCGCCCUCGUCUUCCUCGGCACGCCCUUCUACAUCAAAAAGUGGCAGAGCAACGGCUUUCUGUGGCUCCUCGUGUCGACGGCGUUCUCGGUGAGUGCCGCUCCUUUCAUCAUUGCCACGGGAAUCAUGCUUCUCAUCAAUGUGAAGCAAGUCAUGGAUGUUUUGCGCACCACAGUGUUCUACAGCGGCAAUCUCUACCACAAGCCAAGCUUUGACUGGUCGCCGGCCAUGUCUGCUCUCGUCAUUCAUGCCGGCAAGCUCGAUGAGGUGGACUGGUGGGCCUAUUUCUUCCACUGCGCCAUCAUCUUCGUGUGGGACACGCUCUUCUUUCUCCCGGCGGCCAUCAUGUCUGUGUGCUCACACAUCAUCGCGCCCAUUGUCACGGGAACGCUGCAAAAGAUGAUUGUUACGGUCAGCUUCGGGCUGUCGCCUGGGGAUUUGAACUACGCAUAUAUCUACGUGGACGAGCAUCUGGAUCUGGAUUUGGCUACUCAGCAAGUCGACCACUGGAACGUUCAGAAAUUGCUGGCAGAGGCAAAGACCAAGUCACUCAAGGGAGAGUUGAUGCCCGGCUAUGAGGAUGACACUGUGGAGCAACCCGAGUGGAUGGAACCUGUAUUGCAGUCGCCCCACCAGCCCUCACACCUGCACUCCCCACAUGCAGCUACUCCAACAGGAGCAGCAGCAUCAGCAGCUGCUGCUUCUGCUGGUUCUCCCGUUGAUCCCUCAACAUCUCCCCUCGGCACGCAGGAGACUCAGAGUGUGUUCGGUAGACCAAGGAGCAGGAAGGGGAGCAGGGGCGGCCGGCUGACAACGCUGGCUGCUGUUGCAGAGGCAGCAGUAGAAGCAAAUGAAAGGGGGGUGGGUUUCGGGUCACCUGAGAGGGAAACACAGGCAGGAGCAGCUGUAGGGGUGCAUGAGAGGGAGGGGGUAGGAGCAGCAGCAGGGGGCUAUCAGAGGGAGCAGGGAAGUGAGACUGCAGCAGGAUUGUCUGAGCAAGCCCGAGCAGGGGUAGGUGCGGGGAGGGGAGGGGGAGAGGGGAGAGAGGCGGAGGGGCGUGUGGUUAUGGGAGGGGUUGCAGAACGGGUGAAGCAGAGGGAGGGGAGUGGGGGAGAGGAAGAGUG